AUGGAGCUCACUGAAGAACAACAACGGCAAGUUGAAGCGAACCGUGCGGCGGCGAUCGCAAAACGCAAAGCGUUCUUAGAAUCCAGAGCGCAGCGAGAAGAACAAUCUCAUGGUGAAGGAGAAAAGACUACCAACCCCAACCCAUGGCAGCUUUUCAAGUGCCAAAAGUUUCCUAAAGCUCAACCCCCGAAGUUCCUCGCCAGACUCGAAAUAUGCUCCCCCGAUUCCUUCUCCAUCACACCCAUUCAGCUUCCUCCAUUCCCCUUCCCCGGUCACCAGCAUUGCCUCUCCACUCUAAACUCCAUUCUCUCACAUGUGAUGCUUUCGCACUUCACGCAGACCACUGGAGGGGUGGAGGUAUGCGUGUUCAAGCUCACGGAGUACCACGCCGUGGUCAGACAGUUGAAGGUGGAGGUGGAGGCGCUUCAGGUGGAGGAGAUUCCCUGGGCGACGUUCAACGUGGUGGAGCGUCUCUCGCUUUCGGUAGCUUCUGGGCGGUGGACGCCGGUGCGGCCGGAGCACUUGGCCGACGAGGAGGUAGAGCGCGUGAUUGCGAAACUCCCGAGGACUCUCCUGGAUGUGUUGCUCCCUUUCCAGCAUGACGGACUGCGUUUCGCGUUGAGAAGAGGCGCUCGGUGUCUCAUUGCCGAUGAUAUGGGCCUCGGGAAAACACUCCAGGCUAUUGCUAUUGCGGGGUGUUUUUUGGAUGAAGGUUCCAUACUCGUGGUUUGUCCUGCUGUUUUGCGGUUCACGUGGGCGGAGGAAUUGGAGCGCUGGCUUCCUUUAUGUUUGCCUGCUGAUAUACAUCUCGUUUUUGGCCAUCAAGACAACCCUAUAUAUUUAACAAGAAAACCUAGAGUUGUGGUUAUUUCUUAUACCAUGCUUCAUCGUCUUAGAAAGAACAUGCUUGAACUUCAAUGGGCUCUUUUGAUUGUUGAUGAAUCACAUCACGUGCGAUGUACGAAGAAAACAGAACCAGGAGAGUUUGUAGAAGUGCUGUAUGAAUUUGGUUUGAGGGAGGAGAUUUAUAUUAGUGGGAUAAGAAGAUCUGAUUGGGGUUUGAUACAGGCUGUUCUUGAUGUGGCUUCAAAAGUCAAUCGUAUAAUUCUGCUAUCAGGGACACCUUCUCUGUCAAGGCCUGGUUUGCUGGGGAAGACUAAAUACGAAUUUGCAAAAACUUAUUGCAAUUUAAAAUAUAUCAAAGGCAAUCAAGGAAAAUAUUUUGCGAAUGGUGGGAUUAUGGUGCAGGAUUAUUCAAAGGGUGUGCGCUUGGAAGAGUUAAAUGUGUUACUGAAGCAAACUGUUAUGAUAAGGCGUCUGAAGGAACAUGUGAUGCUACAGUUACCUCCGAAACGUCGGCAAAUUAUAAGACUGUUGAUAAAGAGAUCGGAUAUUGUUGCUGCUAAAACUGCAAUUGGGGUAAUAAGUAUUGAUGCCACUGAAAGGGAAAGUGAAGACACAGCUUUGGAAAAUUUGGAUGAAACUGAUGGCAAGCUGUCUUAUCAGGAACUUGGAAUUGCAAAGCUUUCUGGUUUUCGUGAAUGGCUUGCCCUCCAUCCAAUAGUUGCAGGAUCAGAGAAUGCUUCAAAAAUGAUAAUUUUUGCUCAUCACCACAGAGUUCUUGAUGGAGUACAGGAGUUUGUAUGCGAGAAAGGUAUAAGUUUUGUGCGAAUCGAUGGAAAUACUCUUGCCAGAGAUAGGCAAUCAGCAGUAGUCUCAUUUAGGUCGUCACCAGAGGUUAAAAUUGCAAUAAUAGGUAUUCUAGCAGCAGGUUUUGGACUUGAUUUCUCAACAGCACAAGAUGUGGUGUUCUUGGAGCUACCACAAAGCCCAACUCUAAUGCUCCAGGUUCUGUUUGGAAUACCACUUCAUUGA